CUGGCGGCGGAAACGGGGGACUCGGCGCAGGCGGAAGGGGGGAGCGACGGCGGGGGAAAAGGCGCGUGGGAGGAAAAGGCUCGCGCGGUGGGCGGAAGCGCGAAGGAGCGGCAGCUGGCGCGGCUGCUGCCGGUGCUGUUCCUGGUGUCGUCGUCUCUCAUGCCCACUGCGUGCCGAUACCCGCUGCUGCUGCGCGAUCGACGGUUGCUACACCACGUGCGCACCGGGCUGUUCGGAGUGGAUCUCGCCGCGCUCUCCAUCCCCCUGGACGCCACGUCAGCGUAUUCCACGUCAGCAGCUGCGCGUCCGCACCUGUUCUUUGCGAAGAAGCUCUACCUCCCGCUCCACCCGGACUCUCUCUGCGGAUUCGCCGCCUCCCCCCGCCCCCGCUCCCCCGACCCCCUCUGGCGCACCCUCUGCGCGCACCACCUCCUCCCCCCAAACGGCUUGCCGAUCCUCAACCCGAACUGGGUGCCUCGGCUGCCGAACCAGCACCUGAACCUGCAGGCUCGGCCGCACAUGAUGGUUGGGGAGGCACUGCGUCGGGAUUGGUUGGUGGUGGUGUCGCUGGUUUGGAGUGCGCAUGGUGGGAGGGAAGGCCAGGGGGUGGCAGGGGGAGAGGAUAUCGGAUUAGGGGAGGGGGAGCUCGCGGAAGGAGGAGCAGGCGGAGGGGAGGGCGCGGAAGGUGACAAUAAGGAAGCGGCUGACGCGAUGAACCGUGUGAUUGUAAUGAUGCGGGAGCUCUUUGGCGAGGCGCGAGUGGUGGUAUACGACGAGCACGUGCCGCUACUGCAAGCGAAGGAGCUAUUUUCCCGCGCGAUUCUGUUCGUCGGUCCCACGUCGCCCGCGCUUUCGAAUCUUAUUUUUAUGCCCUUCAACUCCACGCUCAUCGAAAUCCUCCCUCGCACAGUAGCCAUGGCCGCCGCUUCCAUCCCUGUCGUCGGCCAACAGCGGGCUGCCACGUGGCACUUCCACCUCGCUUCCCGCCUCGGGAUCCAUCACUUUCUCUCAGCCUGCGAUCCGAGUAAGGUGAACUGGCAUUCUCAGGAGCACUGCCACGUGGACGAGGUGUACGGUACAGUCACCGCGAUGAUCCAGCGGCAGGACGGCGCAGCAAUACCGUUCAGAUGGGGAGAAUUCAAGCAGCAGAACGAGAUGGUGAGAGAAAUAGUGGAGGAUGCAGGAGGGCUGUUCAUGGAUGUGGAUCCGAUGAUGGCUUUAAGACCGGAUGGGCAUAGAGGGGUGGUGGCCAAGGAUAAGGUGGACUGCCUGCACUACUGCCUGCCAGGCCCAUGCACCCAUCCGCGCUGGCUGCUGCGCGCCAAGCUGGGGGAGGCGCUGCGAUUGGUGGACUCGCUCACAGGCACGGACAGCCAAUGGGAGAUGGAGCAGCGCUCGUGGGGGGGCGCAGGGGGAGGGGAGGCGGCGGAUGCAGUGUGGUGGGGCCAGGACUCACAGCAGCGGCGGGGGGGAGCGAGAGAGUGGCAGGGGGAAGGAGCGCAGUGGCAGGGAGAAGGGGAGCAGUGGCGGCAAGGGGAAGAGGCUGAGGCUGAGUGGAGAAGGCGGAGUGAGGAGAGGGGGAUGCGUGGGAAUGGGGUGGAGGGAAGAGGGCGGAGUGGGGAUGGCGUGGAGGGGUUUGGGUUUCCGCCCCCAGGAGGGGGUCACCCUUGGGUGGUGGUGCACAGCAGAGGGCGGGGGAUACGCGCAGGGUCGUUCUUCGGCAGUGGCACCAUCGAGAGCAUUGCUGCGCAUGUGCAUGCUUCACACAGCAUGGUAUGCAAUGCGAAUCCUUCCCAUCCCUUCCUCCCCAUUUCCCCCCUCUUCGCUUCCCUCCUUUCGCCCUUUCUCCCUCCCCGUUUGCUCCCCUCCCCCCUUCCUCUAUCUGCACUCAAGGCGGCAUGGGGUCUGCCCGUGGUGGGUCGGGUGGGUUUGAUCAUUGAGAUCUUUGGCGGCAUGGGGUCUGCCUGUGGUAAACCGAGUGGGGCUGAUCAUGAGAUCUUCGAUGCUCGUGCCAAAAGGCGACCCUUCCCCUCAACUCCUCCCGGCUUCUUUCCCUUCCCCCCUUCCCCCCUGCCCUCCAUCCACCUGCCCCCACCAAAGGCGGCGUGGGGUGUGCCAGUGGUGGACCGGGUGGGGCUGAUUAUCGAGAUAUUUGGUGCUCGGGCCAACACACGAGAGGCCAAGCUGCAGGUGGAAAUGGCAGGUCUGGAAUACCAGCGCAGCCGGCUGGUUAGGCAGCGAGGCUCGGUGGGUGGCAGGCUGGGGUUUGGUUCGGGAGGGGAGCAGCAGGUGGUGAGUGCGCGAGGGAGGGCGGCAGGCGGGCGGGGCUUUUUGGCCGGAGCAGGGGAGAGCGAGCUGCAGCUGCAGCGACGACGAAUAGCGGAGAAGCAGCACAAGCUGAAGCAGCAGAUAGCGCAAGUGAGGAGGACACGUGGCCUGCACCGAUUGGCCCGCAGACGGGCCUCCUGGGAGGGCGGGGGGAAGGGUAGAGGGCUGCCUGUGGUGGCCGUGGAAGGGGAGAUUGCUGCCUGUGGUGGCCGUGGUGGGGUAUAG